AUGCUCUCACGUGUUGCUGCAGUGAAGGCACCCCGCACACACAACCGCCGCCGCGUGACCGGAUCCAGCGGAAGGAGGAGGGAAGGAAGAGAGAGUGAGCCGCAGAGGCCCAACAUGUCCCGGCAUUACUUCUGCUCUGCGGUGCUGCUACUCGUCGUGAUGAUGUGCUGCGGCAGUGGAGCUGUGCACGCUGAGCAGGCAGGGGCCACUGUUGAUCCGUUUAAGGGGAAGACGUCGAUACCGCUUACUAAUUGGAAGGAGUUUAACGAGGCCGGAAGGAAAAUCACCUCGCUCCGUGUUCCUGGCCUCGUUAAAGUGGGUGAAGAUGUAUUUGCCGUUGCUGAAGCGCAGUGCGGGGAGGAGAAGGGAGCCGGCAGCUGUGCUGGGAUUGUGUCAAAGCACCUGAAUAUAAGUGGCAGCGCAUUGGAUAUUUCUACGUCGGAUACAAGUUUGUUUUGCAUGCAACUUGUGGACACCGCCGCGAAUAAUUUUGGGACAACGGAAUUGUUGCGACCAACGACGCUUUUGCUUGGGGACAGUGUUUACAUGCUCCUGGGAAACCAAAGCCGUACAAAGCCGCAGUUUCAAGGCACGAAUGAGCGGGGUCUUUUACUCGUGAAGGGAACUGUCUCUGACGAGGGUGGAAACAACAAGAAACUUUUGUGGAAUGAGGCCCAUGUGGUGAAGCCUGAACCCAGAGGAGAUUCUCUUUCCUUGACCGAGUUAAUUGGCGGUGGAGGAUCGGGCGCUGUGAUGGGUGAUGGCGCGCUUGUGUUUCCCAUGCAGGCCAAAAACAAGGAUGAAGAGCGCGUUUUACUUUCUAUGCGUUUUACCCCGUCAAAGAACAAAUGGGAGCUUCCGCAAAUAACGCCUGGUAACGGCUGCAGGGAUCCAACCCUGGUGAAGUGGAAAGAAGACAAAUACGACGAAAGACUCUUCAUGAUGGCUCAUUGUGCUGGAGGCUACUAUGACGUUUAUAGGUCCACUGAGGAUGGGUACAAUUGGAAUCCAUUGGGUGAGCCAAUUACCCGCGUGUGGGGCAACUCACAUGGUCGAACAGGGGACGGCGUUAAGAGCGGAUUCACCACCGCAAUCAUUGAGGGUAAGGAGGUGAUGCUCAUCACCGCGCCGAUGUAUGCCGCAAAGGAAAAUGGAAGUGGAGAGGGUCGGCUCCAUCUUUGGGUGACGGACAAUGCACGCGUGCAUGAUGUUGGGCCGGUAUCUCGUGAGGGUGAUGACGCUGCCGCCAGUUCUCUUUUGGUGAAAAGUGAGGAUGAGCUGAUUUUACUGUACGAGAAGAGGAAUGGUGACAAGCCAUACAGUCUUGUCGCCAUGCGCCUGACGGAGCAGCUGGAGCGGGUAAAGUCUGUGGUGAAGACAUGGAAGGAUUUGGACAGCGCCUUGAGAGUUCCCACUGAAGGGCUGGUUGGUUUUUUGUCCAGGACGUUGAACGGGACUGCAUGGAAGGACGAGUACCUCGGCGUGAAUGCCACAGUGGGGAGCGGAGUGACCAGCACGGAGAGCGGUGUGGCUCUCAAGGGAGCAGGGGCGGAGUGGCCUGUUGGCGACAUGGGGCAGACUGUGCCGUACUACUUUACAAACAACAAGUUCACUCUUUCGGCGACGGUGACCAUCCACGAGGUGCCGAAGGCAGGCAGCAUCCCCGUUCCUUUGAUUGGUGCGAGGCUGAACGACACGGACAGCACGGUGCUCUUUCAGCUGUCGUACACGAGUGAAAGAAAUUGGAACUUCACACUUCACAAGAAGGAGUUUUUGGUGAAGCCGUCCGGUGAUGUUGGCAAUUGGGAAACAAACACGGCAAUUCGAGUGACGGUGCAAAAGGAUAACGAUGAUGAAUGGUUUGUGUACGCUAAUGGGAGAAAAAUAUACGAGACGGAUGAAAAGGAAAUGGCUCAGGACAUUAACGCUGAUCAGUUUGGUACACACAGGAUCUCACACUUCUUCUUUGGUGCGGGCAAUAAUGAAGAUGAAGGGAGCAGCCCUGUGACGGUGGCUGAUGUCCUUCUGUACAACGACGCGCUGUUUGGCGAUGACCUCAAAAACCUCAACGCCAGGACAGUCCCUAUUCGACAUCCGGCUGCCGAAGAACUGCACACUGCGGUGAAAGUCACAACGACGGGGGAAAAAAGGCAGACGGCCACACA